CAUCUCCUGUGCGCAAGGGACGCACAACAGUCUCGAUCAGCACGGAGCAGAGACGCACUGAGUUGGCACAGGAUUUAUAAAGCGUUAAAACUGUUAACUGUGUGAUUUCUUUGGACAUAUAAUGAGAAGCUGAUGAAGGAACUCACUGGAGUUAACUUACUAUACUAAGAAGGAAUUUGUUCGUUUCGGUGGACAUUUAGACACAAUGGAUCAGGAGGACACGCUGGACUUUAAGGCCCUGAUGGCCAAGUUUCAGGAGGAACAACUUAUUCUUAAGGAACCGAAGAGCAGACCUGCCCUCCCAGACAAACCUAAAAGUGUCCCCCCUCCCACGAGUCCCUCUCACUUCCUCCCUGCAGGAGCACGCCCCUCCCUUCUGACCUCCAUCAACCAGACCCUCGAUGGGAAAACAGUUAAUGCCCCCAAAGUGAUCUUCAAAGACGAUAAGAAGCAGAGCAAAACGCCCCUCAUCUCUAAGGGAAAAGACAAGACUGAAGUGAAGCUGAAAAAAGCGAAAGAUAAGACAAUGAAAGGAAGCAAAGAUAAGCUUGAAGAGAUUUCAGAGGAUCUGAAACCGAAGAAAGUGAAGAAGCUCCCGCAGCUCCCUGGAGCAUCUAAGGGGAAAACUGCUGAGCUGGUGCCAGCCGCACCCCCACCUACAGGCACAGUGUCAAAGAAGAGGGGCAUCCUGGAUUUCAUGAAGUCAACAAAAAGAAAUUCAGCGGAGGUCCCUGAAGAUCAGAUCUUAGACUCUCCCACCUUAGGCAUUACUGGACCAGCGCCACUUAUCCCAGUACAUGUUGACUAUGGUGUUGUAGCACCUGACAUUUCUGCCCCAAGGGCCCUACGAAACAUCCCUAUCUUACCGGACUCAGCUGCUGUAAUGGAAAUAACCCCGCCCUCCACUAUCCCUGCCCCUCCUGAAUUGACCCCCCCUCCUACCUUUGUUCCUGAUAUCCCAGAUCUCCAAGUGCCAAACUUAGAGAUUGAAACUCCUCUUGAGAUCGAGACUCCUGCAGUGCACAUUUCCAGGCCUGCUAGUCAGAAUGGAGUCAUUCCCAAUCCACCCAGCGAUUCCCCAACCCCCCCACCCAGUCUUGCCAUCUCUAUUCCUUCUCCAGUGGCCCCCACUCCUCCUCCAUCACUUCCUGAGCCUGAGAUUGCUGCUGAGGCUUGUGUAGAGGCUGUAAAUAUAUCUGCAGUGGAGACGCCUCCUCCUCGUCCUCCUGGAACAGACCCUCCAUCCAUUCCGUCGUCUCCCAAAGCUGAGCGACCCAUCUCGGUCAUCUCUGCCCUCUCCAGGGCGGAGGAUAUGAGCCCAGCGAGAAAGAUGUCUCCGGUUGACCAGAGGAUCUUCAAUGCGCUGGAGAAGGCACGCAAGAAGAUUGGCCAACCGACAAACCCCACCACAUCAUACUCCAUCACCCCACCUUCUGAAGAGCGUCCACCAAGUCCCACCAUUUCCCUCCCAGGUCUACCGCCCAUUGAUUAUGAGGGAAAGCUCAACGGCUUGGACCCCAGGCAAGCCUCUCCAGCAUUGGAAGGUAUCACUGAGGAGGGAUCGGACCCUGUCCCAGAGCUGUUGGUGGUUCCCCCUCCUCCCCCCAAACGGCUCCUCCCAGACCCCGAGUCUCUGGGAGUUGCUCCAGAGAAACCCCACAGACCUCCCCGUGUCAACCUGAGGGAAUUCAUCCCUCCUCCUCCUCUGGAAGAGACCCCUGCUCCUCCUGAAUUCUCCGAGGCUGACCCCACAGACAUCCCAGAGUUUGAUGAUGUGACCUCAGAUGCUUAUCCUCCAGAGCUGCAGGUGCCAGAGUGGGGGGAUGGGGAUUACACCGGUCCAGAGACUCCAGAUCAACAGAACCUGCCGGAGUUAUACGGUAACGGGGCGACUCCACCUGAAGCUGAGCUGCAUGCAUCUCCAACGUUUGUAGACGAUCAUCCAGAUAAUCGACUAUCAGGAUUUUCCUUCCCAGUCCUUCAGGAAGCUCCAGGGAUUCCUGCUGAAUCUCUCAACGAUGUGUAUGAGAGCACAGAAAAUGUCUACGAGGACAUCACUACGUCUUCAGGCAAAAAUAAAGCAAAGAGUGACGGUGGAAAGAAACGCAAAGGACCCCCAAAGAAUCCAUAUGCUGAGGCUCAACAAGAAAUAAAUGUAGAGAAAAUCAAACCGGGCAGGUUCGGCAGGAGCGAAAAGAAAGCUGCCGCAGAAGGGCCGGAUGAGAAAGAGCUGAAAAAGAAAGAGAAGCAGCGACUGGAGAAGGAGAAGAAGGAGCUAAAGGAGAAACAAGAAAAGGAAAAGAAAGAGCAGAAAGAAAAGGAAAAGAAGGAGAAUGAGAUGAAGAAGAAAUUCAAAAUCACAGGACAGGAGGACGCCAUCUACGAAGCAACUGUAACCGUGGCGACCAAGGGACGUAAAAAUGAUCUGGCCGCCAACAGUGGGGACAUCAUCAGCAUCAUCAGUACAACCAACUGUCCCAAAGGGAAAUGGCUGGCCAGGGACAGCAGCAACAACUACGGAUAUGUUGCCGUGGAUCAUGUGGAGCUGGACAUCAAGGAGAUGCUGGAGCUCGGAAAGAAGGCGGCCAUCUCUCGCAGGGGCAAGAACAACAACAUUGUGGUCUCAGAGGAGGAGGUUACCAGCUCGGGGAGCAGGGUCUCAAACCGCUAUCCAUUGUCAGCGGAAAGCUUCACAGAUGACAGUGAGGAGUGGACCGGUGACGAAGAAGAACCCAUCUCCCCUCCUCCUGAUACCGCAGAUCCACUGACUCCAAUGGGCCACAACAGGACACUCUCAAUGCCAGAUAUGGGAAACAGAGAUCUAAGCAUAAACCACCAACACAGUCAAAGUGACAUCAGCGCAGAGGGCACACAUGACAAAGCAAGACAUGAAGCACUUCAGAAAUUGGCCACAUUUUUCCAUGCACCAAAACCUGCAGAACCUGCUCCCAGGAGCAUUGAAUCAGAGACAAGUCCUGUGCUAGCGGAGGAGGAAGAAGAUUCCUU